AUGACUAUUGCUUGCGUUCUUCCUUGUCUCUCCCUCAAAAUGGCUGCACACCUUAAGCCUACACUGGGUAGCAGCGUCAUGAUCUCAUCUGUGAGGUAUGUUGACAACUAUCUAAGCUGUGCAAAACUAUCCGGGGAUUUGACACCUACGGCCAUGAUAUUAAGCGACCGAGACACAGGCGAAUUCAGCGUCCCUUCUCGCCCCCCACGUUUCAAGCUAUAUGUCCUCAAGUGUAUCGCAGCAGGAAUCGGCGCUGCGAUGACAACCUUGAUGGUGUAUCACUACUGUCGAACUCAUAUGGCUGGAUCGAAGACGGCAGACCAAGAAGCACUCCAAAAUGACGGCGGUGUACACAGUGGUUACUGCGAUAUCUUGGCAUUUUAUGGGCCAUCCUGGAGGUGCCUCUCUCAACCAGAGCGUACGUUGUACCUGCCAUUAGAUCCUCAGAAGUCUGAUACAACGAUGCCUACGUGUCCAUUCAGAUGUUUAUGGCUAUGCGUUAUCGUAGAAGUCUGCGAGACUGUUAUUGUAUUUCUCCUGCAGGGAAUGAUCGCUCUGCGGGUGCACCUGCUUCUUUUAGGUGUCCUCAGCAAAGGCACUUUUCCCUUAGUGCUCUUCGCGACAGGCUUCACUAUCUCUCAAUUUUUCAACAUAAUCGGAACUAUGCUGUAUAUUGCUUCUAGCGUAGGUCACACAGCUGAUAACGACAUCCUUGGCAUCGAAUACUGCGGAGAUGCUUUCAAUGCAGACGGACUCGGCGAGUUGACGGGGACAAUAUUCUUCCCUCUCGCUAACUACUCUAUGAUCGCAUUCGAAGUGAUCCUGGGCCUAUCUGCCAUGUACUACGUUGCGAGUCAGAUACGUGAAGGUAAUUGGCGCGACCGCAAGAACUUACAAGGCACCGUGGUCUCGGUUCUCGUUCGAGACAAUCUCUUUUACUUCCUCGCGUAA